AUGGGUCAAGGUCCCUCGCUUCCUGGCCCACCAGGGACGAGGUUCCGCGUCAUUGGUGCUGGAAUGUCGCGAACCGGCGCGAAGACCUUCAACGAAGCUCUGACCAUUCUCCUCGAUGGCCCGGUUCACGAUUCUGGGAUCCAGUCCCUCGGGGGUCCGAUUAAUUGGAUGAAAGCCUGGCUCGACAUAUUGGAGCUUGCUCCAGAGACCCGGACGUUCUCAGAGCAGAAGAAGCUCACUUGGCUUAUCUCGGAGGUGCUCGACGGCUACGUCGCAACCAUGGACUACGCGAUUGUAAUAGUGACAACCAGGGACAAGAAGUCCUGGUGGAAGAGCAUGAGUUAUUUGAAUAGCCUCAUGGGGACGUGGUAUCUCCCUCUGGUCGUGCUCUGGCUGCACAAGACGCAGAGUUACGGAGUAUGGCGCAACAGGUUCCACCGAAUCAUGAAAUGGCGCUACAUCCAGGAGAAGAUCGAGGAGGACACGCUUCGAAAACAUGAAGAGCACACCCGGCAGGUCGUCCACUUGGAAAAGCUAUUCUUCUACGAAGCCGGCCAGGGGUGGGAACCGCUGUGCAAGAUUCUGAACGUUCCCGUUCCGGACCGCCCGUUCCCCCAUAACAAUAGCAAAAGCGACGCAGCCCAGGUAUUCAGAGACCAUACAAUAGCUGGGCUCUUGUGCUGGGUUUUUGUACUCAUGCUAUUCAGCUGGUUCGUGCGAUGCUGGCUCCUCUAG